UGUGCUGAUGCUUGAACAUAGCCAAAUUUAUUACUGUUUUGUAACAUCUUGCAAUUUUCUUGUUCAUUUUCCCUUUUAAUUUUAUGAUUGACUUUUCCCUCUUUGUGGUAUAUGGAGCAAUGAUCCUGAUUCUUGUAAUCCUUCGUAGUGGUGAUCUUAUGUGCAGUAGACAUGAUGUCCAGGGCUCCAAGCAGUGUAAAUUAUCUUUUGUACUGAUUUUGGAUGCAGAACACAUUCUUCAUGCAACUUAUUGUGCAUGGCUCUUUCAAACACAUUAGUAUCUGAAUUUGAUAAGCUAUCCUUGACACUUGUUGAAACCUAUUCUAACUAUUGGAAAAUUACGAGAGCACCACUUUUUACUGUAUACUUUUGUUUCUCAGUUAUUCAUCUAUGAUUGACUUGUAUUGUUACUCUGCAAUGUAUAGUUGUUGGAAUUCCUUAAAUUAAGCAGAUUUUCUACAUUAGUGCUAGGAAUUUCCUUGUACUAUUAGCCAUAAUCAAAUUACUAAUUUUUAGGGAUAGGCUAAUUUCUAGAGAUUAUUUCCUUUUUUAUUUUUCCUGCUAUUCUUUAAAAGGCUGUAUUCAGAUUAGAAGUAACAAGAGAGAAUCAUUCUUCUUCCUAAAACUUGUUCAUGGUAUCAAGAGCAUCAGGAAUCCAUUUGAUCCUGCUCUUUCUUCUCUUCUCUUGUUCUGUUUUUCUCUGUUAGAAACCCUACUCCCAUGGGUGACACCGAAAAUUUCUCUGAGAUAGAGAUCUCACAAAUAACUCAAAAUCACAGUCAAGGAAUCCCACAAGGUGACCUUAACUCUUCUCUUAUAAUCACAAAUCAUCGAUUAGAUGGAAAAAAUUUCCUGCAAUGGUCACAAUCUGUCCUUAUGGUUCUUCGUGGCCGAGGAAAAAUUGGGUACAUUAAUGGACAAAUUCCUCGACCAGCAUCAACAGACUCUGGUUAUGCAACUUGGGAGCUUAACAACUCAAUGGUUAUGGCUUGGCUUAUAAAUUCGAUGGAAGGUCAUAUAAGCCGAACGUAUCUUUUUUUCAAAACUGCCAAAGAAAUGUGGGAUGCAAUCAAGGAGAAUUACUCGGAUCUUGGAAAUACUUCCCAAGUAUUCGAGAUCAAAUUAAAGUUGAAAGAUAUUCGACAAGGAACACUUGAAGUCACUCAAUAUUACAACAACCUAAAGAUCUUAUGGCAGGAGUUAGACAUGUAUUAUGAAGUUGAUUGGGGCGAGGGUUUGGAACACACCAAGUUCAUGGAUCAUCUUAACAAAGAACGUCUCUAUGAGUUCCUAGCAGGACUAAAUCGUGAUCUUGAUGAGGUCCGAGGACAAAUACUAGGCAGAACCACACUGCCAACCAUAGGAGAAGCAUUUGCUGAAGUAAGGAGGGAAGAGAAACGGCGUCUUAUUAUGACGCAAGAGACUUAAAACCAUUGACCGUAGCUGGUCAUCAUCCUUCCGAGAACUCUGCUCUUAUUUCAAGAGGCCCUCAAUCUCAAAGGUUCAAAGAUGGAAUUGAUUCUGGUUCAAAAAGGCCAUGGUGUAGCCACUGUCAUCGGGUUGGGCAUACCAAGGAGAAAUGCUUCAAACUCCAUGGCUAUCCUGAAGAAAAAAAACAGAAAGAAAACAUUGCAGCAAUGAUAUCUACUACUGAAGAAGUUGCUCAGAAUGUUAGGCUAACCAAAACUCAACUUGAGGCUCUUCAUAAACUACUCGGGACUCCUACAGCCAGUGGGUCACUAGCUAUUUAAGGAACAGGAAUCGGGGAAGAUGAUUGGCACUGCUAAAGUUAAUGAUGGCUUAUAUGUUUGGAACAAAAACAGUUCAAAAGAAGGGAUGGCCUUAUCUACAUCAAAAGACGAUUCUAUCAUGCUAUGGCAUCGUAGACUAGGACACCCGAAUUUCAUGUACUUGAAGAAACUGUUUCCUCUACUAUUUCUAAAUAAGAAAAUUAGUUCAUUGAACUGUGAAGUUUGCCAACUGUCUAAACACACUUGUGUCCCUUAUCCUUUGAAACCUUAUGUUCAAUCUCAACCUUUCUCUUUAAUUCACAGCGAUCUAUGGGGAGCCAGUCGAGUAAAAAACAUCACAGGGGCUAGGUGGUUCAUAACUUUCAUUGAUGACCACACUAGAGUUUGUUGGGUCUAUCUCCUUAAAGAAAAAUCCGAAGUCUCUAGAGUCUUCAAAAAUUUUCAUUCAAUGAUUCGAACUCAGUUCAAUUCAAAUAUUCACACUCUUAGAACUGAUAAUGGGAGAGAGUACUUUAAUUCUAUCCUAAGUCCUUAUCUUUCUGAGUAAGGAAUCAUAUAUCAAAGUUCUUGUCCUGACACCCCUCAACAAAACGGGGUUUCCAAGAGGAAAAACAGACACCUUGUAGCCGUGGCUCGUGCCUUUAUGUUUACUAUGGGUGUACCAAAGUAUUUAUGGGGAGAAGCUGCCCUCACUGCUUGUUAUCUUAUAAACUGACUCCCAUCAAAGGUAUUAAACUUUCAAACACCUUUACAUACUUUUCAAAAAUUUUUUCCCUUGUUUCAUGUUCCUAAUCUCCCAACCAAAACAUUUGGUUGCAAAGCAUUUGUCCACAACCAUUAACCUAACCGAUCUAAACUUGAUCCUAGAGCUCACACUUGUGUCUUUAUUGGUUACUCACCUGCACAAAAAGGGUACAAGUGCUACUCUCCAACCUUACACCGGAUGUUUGUGUCCCUUGAUGUUACUUUCUUCGAAAACGAGCCAUAUUUUUCAGCCUCUCAUCUUCAAGGGGAGAUACUUAGUGAAGAUGAGACCUUGAGCAAUCUUCUCAUUAUACCUCAAGACUCUAUCAGCCCUACCACCACUACAAAACCUGCUGAAAAUCCUACAGCCACUGUGAUUCCUGUUUUGGAACCUGUCAGCCCUACCACAACUACAAAACCUGAUGAAAAUCCUACAGCCACUGUUAUUCCUGUUUUGGAACCUGUUUUUCCUAUCUCCACUGUUCAGCAACAAGAAACAAGGGUGAUUAAUCAUACUAAUGAAGAAAAACAGCCCACUCAUUCUGAAAAACAACAAGGAAAAACUCAGGGACUUCGUGUAUACUCUCGGAGACAUCAGCUGCCUGAGACCGAAACAGCAGUGCCUAUGCCAUCUUUACCCGAGGACUGUCCUGAGGAAGAAGUUUCACCUCCUUCAUCUUCCAUCCAUCUUCCAAUUGCAGUAAGAAAGGGCACUAGGAGCUGCACUCAACAUCCCAUUUCUCGGUUUGUAUCCUAUGGAAACUUGUCUAAAUCCUACAAUGCCUUUGUUUCUAAUGUUGACUCUGUAGAAACUCCAAAGAACAUAGACAAGACUCCUAUGGAAUCCAACCUUAAAUUAGGAAUUGAUAAGGAUGGAGAAGAAGUAGACAGGGGGAGAUAUCAACGGGAGAAACAUUUGGAAGCUGCCUACAGGAUAUUGAGAUACUUAAAAGGGACUCCUGGUAAGGGGUUGCAUUUCAAGAAAAAUGUUCGAAGAAAUUAUGGGCAAGCUGGGUUUGAUUCACAUCUACACUCCAGCUUGAGGGGGAGUGUUGGAAUUCCUUAAAUUAAGCAGAUUUUCUACAUUAGUGCUAGGAAUUUCCUUGUACUAUUAGCCAUAAUCAAAUUAUUAAUUUUUAGGGAUAGGCUAAUUUCUAGAGAUUAUUUCCUUUUUUAUUUUUCCUGCUAUUCUUUAAAAUGCUGUAUUCAGAUUAGAAGUAACAAGAGAGAAUCAUUCUUCUUCCUAAAA